AACUACUGUUGGGGGCGAGCAAAUUUGUCAGGAGAGAAUAGCUGCUGAGGAUCUGCACUCAGAAGUACCAGGAUUUAUACUAGUCUGCACACUUCUCAGUGCCUCAUCGUGAACUAUCAAAACUACUGAUAUCGUCUUUCAAGCUCAUCUAAGGUGGCCUUAGCACCUACAGGAGCACAUCGCAGAAGAGGCGAGAAGGCCAGAAAUCUUCUUCGCUCACACCAGAUCGGUUUUUCUCACUCUCCCUCACGAUCUCUCAUCCCAUCUGUUGGAGUCCUCACGCCAACGCUGUUUCAUAAGCAGAGAUUCAUCUCAUUUAAAAAUCUGCACUUCAAAAACCCUCGAAGAGGGGGUUAAAACCUCAUAUUGUUUUUGAUUAAACAGCUUCAGAGAAAGCAAUGGAUUUCUCUCCUUAGUUCUUUCAACUAACAGCAAGCAACCAUGAUUCACCGCUUCGUAAAUAGUAGUCCCACUUAGAUUAAAGUUGUUCCUGUUUUUUCGGCUUGGCCAACAACUUAAUCAAGCUGCCAGCCUCAUCCUACCUUAGUAUGAGUUAUGACAACUCUAAAUCAGUGGCCAGCAGCAACGCCCGGGGGCGAGUGGCAAGGGCCGGCGAGAAGGUCAAUGACCAGGAAGCUCAGUUCGAAGGGUUAAACUCCCCAAAAAGCAGCAGCAGCGGCAGUCAGCCCAGUGCCAAUGUCAGCACUCAGGAGCAAGGAAGCAGAGCCGAUGGAGGCUCCUCUCCCAGCGGAGGGUCAGGAUCUGGAGGGAUGUCCAGUGACCAGAGGGGGCCCAACUCCGACGACAUGGACGGCCUCUCCAGCGGGAACGACUCUGGGGAAAGGGAGAGCGAGGGCGGUAUGGAAAGGGGGGGCAGCUCCCGCGGGCGUCAGUCUGUACGCAGCUCCCACAGCUCGUCCAAUGGCAAAGACUCUGGCAUGAUGCUGGAAACCACAGAGAGCAACAAGAGCUCCAACUCCCAGAGUCUUUCACCGCCCAGCGGCUCCCUGGCCUACAGCUUGCUCAUGACCAGCUCAGAGCACGACCCUCCCUCCACCUCUGGCUGCAGCAGCGACCAGUCGGCAAGGGUCCAGACCCAGAAAGAGCUGAUGAAGGCCAUCAAGGAGCUUAAGCUCCGCCUGCCAUCUGAGCGCAAAUCCAAGGGUCACUCCAGCACUCUAAAUGCACUUAAAUAUGCCCUCCAGUGUGUCAGACAAGUCCGAGCCAACAAGGAGUACUAUCAUCAGUGGAGUGUGGAGGAGUGUCAUGGAUGCAGUCUGGACUUGUCUGCCUUCACAAUUGAGGAGCUUGACAACAUCACCUCAGAAUACACCCUCAAAAACACUGACACAUUCUCGAUGGCCGUGUCUUUCUUGUCAGGGAAAGUUGUGUACGUAUCCCCCCAGGGCUCGUCCGUACUGCGCUGUAAGCCCGAGUGUCUCCAGGGGACCAUGUUUUCAGAGCUUUUGGCGCCUCAGGACGUCAGCACUUUCUACAGCGGCACAGCACCUUGCCGCCUCCCACUCUGGGCAUCGUGCAUCGGAUCUGCCUCUCCUCCAGUUGACUGCACUCAGGAGAAGUCCAUGUUCUGUCGAAUCAGCGCCAACCGGACACAGGGCGGCGAGAUGCGCUACCACCCCUUUCGCCUCACACCCUACCAGCUCACCAUCAGAGAUUCAGACACUUCUGAGCCACAGCCUUGCUGUCUGCUCAUUGCUGAGAAAGUCCACUCUGGAUACGAGGCUCCUCGGAUUCCUCCAGACAAGAGGAUUUUCACCACCAGUCACACUCCCAGCUGCCUUUUUCAGGAAGUUGAUGAGAGGGCAGUGCCGUUGUUGGGCUACCUGCCUCAGGACUUGGUGGGAACCCCCACUCUGCUCUACAUCCACCCUGAGGACAGACCCAUCAUGGUGGCUAUACACGAGAAGAUCUUUCAGUUUGCAGGGCAGCCAUUUGAGUACGCGCCGCUGAGAAUGUGCGCCCGCAAUGGUGAAUACCUGACCAUCGACACCAGCUGGUCUUCCUUCGUCAACCCCUGGAGCCGGAAGGUGGCAUUUAUUGUAGGGCGCCACAAAGUCAGAACGAGCCCACUGAACGAGGACGUUUUCACGAUACCGCAUGGCUGCGAAGGUCGCACCACAACUCCGGACGUCGUGCAGCUGAGCGAGAAGAUCCACCGGCUCCUAGUGCAGCCCGUGCACAGCGGCAGCUCUCAGGGCUACAGCUCGCUCGGGUCCAGCGGCUCCCGAGGCUCUCGCCGCUCGCACCAGCAGCACCUCAGUGCCUCGGCCACCUCCUCCAGCGACAGCAACGGCCCCGCCAUGGAUAAGGCUGCUGUCGCCAUCGCUUUGCACAAGCCUAUGACGUUCCAGCAGAUCUGCAAAGAUGUUCACAUGGUCAAGACCAACGGGCAACAGGUUUUCAUCGAAUCCCGUAACCGGCCACUGCCCAGAAAAAACACCAACACAGGCACAGCGACCAGCCUCAGAGCCAUCAGCAGCGACCCAAUCAGAGGUUUGGUAGCUGAUAUGACCAAGCCCCCUGCAGCCCUGCUCCCCGCCCCAUUUGUACAGAAAGAGCACCCUAUUGGCUACUCCUACCAGCAGAUCAACUGUUUAGACAGCAUCAUAAGGUACUUGGAGAGCUGUAACAUUCCUAACACGGUUAAAAGGAAAUGUGGCUCAUCCUCCUACACGACUUCCUCCACGUCUGAUGAUGACAAACAGCAAGAAGCACGCAGAAACACCAAAGGCGGUUCAGUUAGCCUGGUAGGGGAGCCUGCCCCUCUGCCACCACUGACCAUGGCCACCAAGGCAGAGAGUGUAGCCUCAGUCACUUCCCAGUGUAGCUUCAGCAGCACCAUUGUGCAUGUGGGAGACAAGAAACCUCCUGAGUCAGACAUCGUCAUGGAGGAAGUUUCUAUCACUCCCACGCCUGCUCCUCCUUUCACUACUACUCUAAGUCCUGCCGCUAGAGGCAUGGCGCCUCCCGCUAACACAGCCAUCGCCCCUCCUCUUCCUCCUCCUCCCCCGCCCCCAGUGAGGGACACCUGGAGAAGUGGAAGUGGAGGAGGCGGAGGCCGGCGGGGUCUGACAAAGGAGGUGCUCUCCGCCCACACCCAGCAGGAGGAGCAGGCGUUCCUCCACCGCUUUAAGGACCUCAGCAAGCUGCGCGUGUUCGAUCAGACGGCGUCUUCGACUGUGCGCUGCCACACGCAGGCGGCCAACCCUCUGUCACGAGGAGUGCGCUGUUCUCGCGACUACCCAGCCGCAGGAGGCAGCACCGGCAGACGUGGCCGUGGGGGUAAAAGGCUCAAGCACCAGGAGUCAUCUGACCAGCACAGCUCCAUGGGCCUGAAUGGGAACCUUAGAGACCUCAGAACCGGCACAGCUCUCGGGCCCUUCAACAUGGCUCUCGGACCCCAGACAAGCUCCUCCUCCUGGCCAUCUGUGUGCUCCCAAGCCAGCAUUCCCGCAGCCCCUUUCGCCCCUGGUAUGCUUCCGAUCUACCCCGUCUACCCACCACUCGCACAGCCAUUACCAGUCCCCGAUCCAAUGCGUUUCCCGGCUACCCAGAUGGUGCCUCCCCAGAUGGUGCCUCCCCAGAUGGUGCCUCCCCAGAUGGUGCCUCCCAUGAUGGCCCUCGUUCUGCCCAACUACAUGUUCCCCCAGAUGGGUGCACCCAUUGCUCAGCCGGCCGCCAACCCCGGACACUUCUACAAUCCUAACUUUACUUACCCUGGCGCCACCCCAGCGGUUGUCCCCACAGCUAUUUCCAACCCGAUGCCCAUUCCACCAGUAACAGGUGCCCCGUCUCGUAGCAGCACCCCCCAGUACUACAGUCAGACACCUGCUGACCGCGAGGGGGCAGAGUCCCCCCUCUUCCAGUCCCGAUGCUCCUCCCCUCUCAACUUGUUGCAGCUUGAGGAGUCUCCUAGCAACCGGUUGGAGGUCGCCACGGCCCAUGCUACUUCACAGCAAGCUACACCUUCUGUGCAGGGAGGUGCAGCUGGGGGACAGAGCUCACCUAACCAGAGGAGCUCUGAUGACACUUCCAAGGAGAACGAGAAUGGUGAAACUAACGAUUCCAACCAGGAUGCCAUGUCCACAUCCAGUGACCUGCUGGAUCUGUUACUGCAGGAAGACUCCCGCUCAGGCACUGGCUCCGCCGCUUCUGGGUCAGGAUCCUCAGGCACGAGGUCCUCGGGUUCUGGCUCCGGCUCCGGCUCCAACGGCUGCAGUUCUUCUGGCACCAGCGGCACCAGCAGCAGCCAGGGCAGCCACACCAGCAAAUACUUUGGUAGUAUCGACUCCUUGGAGAACGACCACACCCGCAAACAGCCAGCAGGGGGCAGCAGCAGCCCGGGUGGAGACGGAGGCGAGGAGCAGUUUAUCAAGUGCGUCCUGCAGGAUCCCAUCUGGCUGCUGAUGGCCAACACUGACGACAAAGUCAUGAUGACGUAUCAGCUGCCUGUCAGGGACUUGGAUACGGUACUGCGUGAGGAUCGUGAGGCCCUCAGGAAUAUGCAGAAACAGCAGCCACGUUUCACGGAGGACCAGAAGAGAGAGCUCAGCCAAGUACACCCCUGGAUCCGCACAGGGCGUCUGCCCCGAGCCGUCAACAUCUCUGGUUGUACAGGCUGCAAGUCUCCCACCUCUGCGCCUCCCGCCGCCCCGUUUGACGUGGAGAUCCACGAGAUGGAGCUGUGCAGUGUGCUCAAGUCUCAGGAAGAGGGUGCAGAUAAGGCCAAGAAAAACCAAUCUGAGACAGCCAUGGACGAAACCCAGCCUGAGGACGAAGACGAGGAAGAGGAGGUCGAAGAGAAAGAAACCAAAACACAAGACAGCAACCAAGACAUGACGACAGAGGAGCAGAGAGAGACCUCGGAGUCUGUCGCAGUAAAGUCUAACGAGUCUGACAUGACUCACUGAGCAGGUGGCCAAAGAUAAAGAAGAAUGGUGUUUAUCGGGACCGGUCUACAUUUGGGACCUUUCUACAUUGAUAUGCAGGAAAUGUGCACCUUCCAGGACUGUAUGUGCUUGUAACAUGAAUACACUUGAUGUAAGGUGUUAAAAUGGCCUGUUCUGGGACUUUUAAGGUGCAUAUUGAUCCAGACAACUGCCAUUUGUUGUUUGACAAAUAAAUCAAAGUCUGACUUUGAUGACAGCACACUAGGCAUGUUGUACGACUGCAUAUUCGAUACCUUGGAAAACAAGAUGUGCACACUCAGUUUUAGAGUGUGAGAUAGUUGGGUUUUUUUCCCCCUUCAGCUGUAGUUCUUGGCAUAUUUAUUUAAAAGUUGUAAAAUAAUCAGAGAGGACGAAGGUGAAUGUGUACUAAAAAGGCGCCUUUACAUAAAGAUGGAUGUGUUUCACCACAGUGUCCUCCUUGACGUUUUCAUCUCUCCUGUUCAGGGUUCAGCUAACGAGGAAAGAAGUGAGCUUAUCCGCUCACCUCUUGACUUUUCUUCUCUUGUUGAAUGUUUUAAAAAGGUUGUGGGAUCCUUCAUCCACCUAGGUCCCGUUUUCUCUCAAAGACUAAAUUGUAGUUUUUGUUAUGUAAACCUUGCUCCUACUAUAGAAAAAGCAUCACUCACCCAACAGACAAAAUGUACAGUUGACUUUAUUUUGUAAACGUGUAUAUUUUUAUAUUUUCAUCACCUGCAAAUAGAGGAUAAAUGUCCAAAAGAUUUUCUGUACUAUAAAAAAAAAAAAAAAAAGAUGUAUAUAAAAAAUCAAACAUUAAAAUCUUGUUUUACAUUUGCUGCAGAAAUAACAAUCAGAUCACAGCCUUUUAAGCUGUGUGACACUGCAGUCUUGUUUCUUCACGUGAGCGAUGUACAGUUUAAAAUCGUGGGGCAACGUGGCAUUCGCCAGGAGACUGACCUGGACUUUAAGGUCUCUCUUUGGCCGGGCAUUAGCUUGUGCAUUCAUGUGGUCACCCCACAUUGAGAAAUGGAACAAUGCGUCUCUUGAGAAGUGAUUCUCUCACAAAAACAUCACAAGACAGUAUUUCCCAAACUGCCAGCACCCUGAGGAGCUGUGAAGCCCUUCGGCGGAGGGAGAGCUUUUGUGUUGCCGGUGCUUUCUCAUAAUGGUGAAGUGGAUUUUUAAAAAGAGGGUGGACAUAGCUCUGUAAAAACUUCUUGAGAGUUCGGAGAGUGUUUACUAUCUUCUCUUUUCCUCUCUGUCCCUUUCUCCUCUCUGUGGCACUGUUCUGGUCAUGUGAUAUCCUAUGCUUUAUGGCGUCAGUGGUGUCUGCGACAGUUUCUUAAUAUUUUUGUGAAAUUCUUUGUACAAGACAAUAAAAUGGCUUGAAAGUC